AUGCUAGCCAACGAUGAGGAAAAUGAUGCAGAUAGUGAUAUUCUGUCAAUGCGUGAAAUGGGUUAUAAACAAGAGUUAUAUAGAGGUGUCUCAGCACUGAUGUCAUUUUCAUUUUGUUUCACCGCUGUUUCUGUUUUGACAUCGAUCUCAAUUUCAUUUAAUUAUGGUCUUAAUGUCGGUGGGAGUGCCGUAAUGAUUUGGGGUUGGAUAAUUGGAUUCUUUUUUACUGUGUUAAUUUGCUUGUCAUUAGCGGAAAUUUGUUCAACGUACCCGUCGGCUGGAUCAGUUUAUCACUGCCGAUUUGACCUAUAUCUUGCUUCUUUUAUGUGCGGCUGGUUUAAUUUUCUUGGAAAUGCGGCAGGUGAUGCUGCAUUCUCAAGUGGGUUUGCCAGUAUCUUGAAUGCAGCUGUCAUUUUAAACGGUGAAACAAAUUCAACAACUGACCAACUGCUUGAUAAAGGUGAACAUCGGACAGGACUGAGUAUAAAUAUACAAGUGGCUAUUGGUAUUGGUAUGUUAGCUAUUUGGGCAUUACAGAAUGCUCUUCGAAUUGAUCAACAAGGUUGGUUGAAUAAUAUAGCUGCUGUGCUUCAAGUAUCGAGUGUAAUUACAAUUAUCAUUACAAUAUUGGCAAUGGCUAAAAAUCAUGCUUCUUUACAUGAUAUAUUUUUUACAACUUAUAAUUCAACCGGCUUUAGUUUUGGUUAUGUCUGUUGUAUCGGAAUUUUAUUUACGUUAUUUUCAUUUUCCGGAUAUGAGGCUUCAGCACAUUUAUCCGAAGAAACUCGUGGAGCUGCUAAAGCAGCACCAUUGGGAAUAAUUGGUACAACAAUAUGUGCUGGUAUUAUUGGAUUUAUUUAUUUAUUCACUCUCUUGUUUGCUAUUACACCAAGUGUAAAAUAUUUCGUUGAGCAUUCAUAUAACGAAAAUUUAGCUGUUCAAGUCUAUGAAUUAAGUGUACCGAAACUCGGUGCAUUAGCGUUAACAGUAUUAUUGUUAAUUAAUAUUUAUUUUGCUGGAGCAUCAUCAAUAACUGUUACAAGUCGAAUAGGCUUUGCAAUGGCUCGUGAUGGAGUUUUUCCUGGUAGCCAUUAUUUACGUUGGAUCUAUCAAAGAACGUUAACACCCUUGGCCAAUAUUUUAUUUAUUUUUAUUAUUGAUUCACUCUUCAUACUAUUACAAUUGGCGUCUCCUAAAGCCUUUACAGCUAUCUUAUCAAUAACAACAAUUGGUUUGCAAGUUUCGUACCUGAUACCAAUUGUUUUACGUAUAACAUAUGGACGACGAACAUUUAAAUUAGGCCAGUUUAAUCUGGGUAGAUACGGUGGUAUUGUGACUGGAACAUUGAGUUCAAUAUGGCUUUUUGUUACAUCAAUAUUCAUGUUCUUCCCGACAAACUAUCCGGUGACAGUAGAUAAUAUGAACUGGGCAAUUGUCGUGGUUGCUGGCGUUACAUUGAUAGCGGCAGUUUAUUGGUUGCUAUCAGCCAGAUAUUGGUUUAUAGGGCCGAAACGAACAGUGGAUGAUCCUCAACAGGAAUUAAAUAGCCUUGUUAAAUAA